AAAACCUUAACUCCACUCAGGCGUGAGGAAGACCAAAGUUCAUCUUAGGCGCCAUCUUUCACAACGGAACAGGUAUGAUUGACACUGCUGGGCUGUUGCCUGGAAAGUAGGUUGAACUUUGGUGACAGUGUGAUGGUAAACUCAUACUGGGGGCCCUAGUUUCAAAACUAGUGCAUCAUUUAUCCUCUAAAACAGGGGUCGGGAACCUUUUUGGCUAAGAGAGCCAUGAAGGCCAGAUAUUUUAAAAUGUGUAUCUGUGAGAGCCAUAUACAUUUUUUUAAACAUUGAAUGCAAUAAAAUGUGUGCAUUUUUAUGUAAGACCAACAGUUUUAGAUAUAAUGGGCUCUAAUUACGUAGACCAGGCACACUACCCCACGCCAAUGGGGUGUGGCCAGCACACUUUCGUGAGCAGUGCAGUGUCCAAUAAUAAAUCAAAUACUUGCUGCCAUUAAUGCAACUUCUGCUGCUGCAUAGUUUUGAACCGUAUUCAGUACACGUAUUUCAUUCUUUUGGCCAUCUUCGUCAGAAGGCUUAGUUCUGCAGCUUUAGCUAGGUGACUAUUUGACUAAAGGAGGAAAGUUUAUAUUUACAUGUUGACAUCUUAAUGACCGAGGUAGACUACCGCAUUACCCAGUAAUAAUCAAGUUUUGGUGUUUGACCUGGAAAAUAUCAUCAAGAAAGAUGGAUAUGGUCGGCCAUAUUGCAGUAGAAAAUAGAUGGACGAAUUAAAAUGCAUAAGAAAGUUUUGAUUUUUAAUAUUAUUUUUAACAGUGAUUUCUGUGACUUUUCUGUGACUUUAAAAUGUUAGUAAACAUACAUUUUUAUUGUGGUAAAUGCUUGAGAGCCAGAUGUUCCCUACCUCUGCUCUAAAAGCUUCAGAAUAGCAGUUGGGGCCCAGAAAUAAUAAGUCAUAGACGUGUUUUAAGAAUUCAAAUACAAAUGCUCUGAGUUGAGUUCAGAGCUAUAAUAAUAAUGCUAUGCGUGCUUAUUUUUUUUGUUUCCUAAAAUAGAAGGAAUGGAAAAACCUGGGCACAAAAUGUUCUGCAUAUAAAAAAAAAAAAAAAAAAUCUACCAUGCCUUGCCUCCAAACAGGCUUUUCCUGCCUUGAGGAAUUCCUCAUCAGUCCUUUUCUAAACAUCUGCAAAGUCUGACGCUUGAGUGCAAUUAGAAGCAAACAGGAAUUUAGCUAACAGUAUCCGCCCUCACAACGAUUAAAAUCUCUGCCCAGCUUCGCUCCUAUGCCAUUCACUGAAACUGGUUGAAGAAUUCACUGUGGACGCUUUAAUCGUGGAAGGAUUUUAAGUCGUCGGCCAAAACCAGGAUUUCUGAGCUUCGGUGGAAAUGACCUGUUGACAAGGCAAUUCAAACUUGAAUGCAUUGUGACUGUCGGUGCUAAUAAUCUUGAUCUUCUGUCUCUUUAUUGUUUUAUUACUCGGGCCAUUCAACCGGUUUCAUUUUUACGUCCAGAUCUGUGGAAUAUGAACGGUUGUAAAAAGAAGCAAAAGCAAUCUUUCCUGAAAAGGGACCUCAUCCGAUGCCUUUCAGUUUCUUGCAAUCGGUGGCGUGAGUCGUGUGUGCGCGCGUGACUGUAGUGUAAUCAUGGGCGAAUGGACCUUUCUCCACGGGCUCUUUAACCACCUCCAGGCCCACUCGCCCUUGCUGGGUCGCUUCUGGCUUCUGCUCAUGCUGGUCUUCAGGAUCUUGGUCCUAGGAACUGUGGCCAGCGACCUGUUUGAGGACGAGCAAGAGGAGUUCUCGUGUAACACGCUCCAGCCGGGAUGCAAGCAGGUUUGCUACGACCAGGCCUUUCCCAUCUCCCAGUACCGUUUCUGGGUCUUUCACAUCAUCCUCAUCGCCACGCCAUCCUUGCUCUUUCUCAUGUACGCCAUGCAUCACGACAACAAGAAGACUAAUGGAUCCAGGUCUUUCCCGGCCUACAAGGAAUGUCAGCAGUUAAGGAGGUUGUAUAUUAUCAACGUUGCGUUCCGCAUUUUUGCAGAAGUUGGCUUUCUCCUUGUGCAGUGGUGGCUGUACGGCUUCAAGGUAGAGGCCCAGUACCCCUGCCACCGCUUCCCUUGCCCCUACACCGUGGACUGCUUCACCUCACGCCCGGCCGAGAAAACCGUCUUCCUUUGCUUCUACUUUGCCAUCGGAGUCUUGGCGGCCAUCUCCAGCUGUGUGGAACUUCUCUACAGCUCCGCCAAGUGGUUCUGCUCUAGUCGAGAGGAGUAUGCCACGCAAAGCAGCCACAGCUACAAACCGGGGGAGGUUUCGGAGAAGCCCUCGAAGGAGAGCACGUCCGGCAGUGUGAAGGUGAAGCGAGGGUCGCAGAGGAGCAGCAGGAAGGGCAGCAGGAUGAAGCAGAAGAACGGCAAAGACGUCAGCAGUAAGACGCUCAUGGUGUGACACUUAAGAAUUCUCGCUUGUUGACAUUUAUCUCCGAGUGAGUCAUAAGUACUUGUCCUGCUAGUCCUGAGAUGAGGAAAUAAGCCAUAAGGGAAAAUCCUCUAAGGAGGUUUUGAUGAGCUUGAUUAGCUGUCGUCCGACUCUUAUGACCAGAAGCGGCCUGUGGGGUUGUUACACCCAUCCUCUAAUGUACUUUGCAAUGUUAUGCAAUUUGUUAUAAAAAGUCGUUCUCACAUUGUCUGGAUUCAGGGUGUGUUUUCAAGGAAAUGUCAUGGCGCUACUGAGUUUUAUUUUCAUUUGGUAAAGCUCUCUGUGUAGAAUAUACAGAUUAUACAGAGUUAUUUGUGGUCGAUGGAUAUUAUCGAUCAAAAUUGAGUCUGUGCUGUAUAUUGUGGCCAUUUUCCAACAAACUUUCUUUUUGUUAACUCUUGUAGUUCUUUGUUUGUUGGGUUGUGAUGUCCUUUCAUGCACUGGAAACGACACACACUGUUAAAUAUACUGUAUUUAACUUGACAAUAUGCUUUUUUUUGUUGUUUUUACCCCCGCCAGGCUUGAAUUUUAGGUUUUCUGAGAAAACUUAAAAAUUCUGUUUUCCUGAGAAAACUUAAAAAUUCUUUAUUUUGAAAAAAUAAAAUAAAAUUCUUAGUUUUUUGAGAGAACUUAAAAUAAAUGUAAGUCUAAAUUGAACAGACAUAUUUUAUAUGCAUACUCUAAUUACUAAUUACUAUUACUAAUUAUUAAAAUACUUUUAGGGCCAUAGAGGAGGUAAGAAAAUAAAAAAGUCUGAGGGAAAUUAUGAGAAUUAAGGAUAAAAGUACAGAAAUGUUGAAAUAUUACAAAGGAAAAAAUUAUUUUAUGACCCAAUUUUCAUCUAUAAAUGAGGUGCAAAUAAAGAUGUAAUAGCUUGAAUUCGAAAAAGCCUUCAAAAGCAUGUGUUAUUGUUCACAAUAUAACUUUACUCUCAUAGCAUUCCAACUUUUCUUGUAGCACCCCUACAAGCUUCCUGCUUUCUCUUUUUGCCAUCCAUAGGUGGCAGCAGUGUAACACGCAUUCCUAUUUUCUAUCAGAUGACUUCAUUACGGCCCUUAAAAUGACAACGCUUUAGAUCCCAGCACGAUAACGAUAAGGCUCUAUUCUUAUUCCACCAUCUAUAAACCUCAUUUGGCUUACUUCCUGCCACAUCUGGAAUGGGGACAAUCAAAGGAGACUUGAGUAGUGACACAUCCAAAUAGUCUAAAUACACUCCAAAGAAGCUUAUUUCCCUCCCGGAAAUGCACACACAUCAUGCUGUUCCCUGAAUGCAUCAUAUAUGCAGAUAUGCCAGGCUUUGAUGUGCAUGGAGGAGAAUAGGAGAUGUUAUAUAAACAGCAGAGGAGGAUUACUGUCAAAACUUUCUGCUUGUCUCCUCUACUUUUUUUUUUUUUGUAUAGCUUGACUCUAUAGCUUUUUAUCAUCAUUCUUUUCUUCAUCUGUGCCAUACUUGACUUUCUUUUUUGCAUGUGGGCAGGCCUGCUCUCACAGCAGGAGCCCGCCUUAAAAAGCAAAUGUAGGUCAUCUGUCGUCUGCUUCUUUCACACUGACGAUAUUUUUUUAACUCGACAAGUCUACCCCCCCAACCCCAUCACUCUUUCUUUUUUUUUCCCCUUGCUUGCAGCUUUGAGUGAGACAUUAAUAAGACGCAAACCUGCCUUCACCCAAACUUCUACUGAGCACCUCCCAUUCUGCUCAGUCAUACCAGUUUAUGUCUUAUGUCCAUGCAAGCAAUGCAAACACGGGCAAGCUCUGGCCUAGCUAUAGCAUUGUUUGUAUCUAAACUCAUUAGGCCGCUUGCUAAAUGCAAUCUUUCUAACACGAUUUCACCCAAAACAUUAUCUAAUGGUGCCAUACACAUGCAUAGAUAAAUAAUGUUCUGCAUACAACUUGACAUCAGGCUAAAAUGGAGGACCGGAGUGCUGCUUGUCACAAGUACGAGGAAGAGUACGGUAAUUUAGUUUAUCUGCAGAUUUCUGUUCUCUGUUUCAAAAUGUAAUUAUUUUUUCUGUUAUCUUCAAUAGAAAAUACUUUGAACCAGCUGAGGGCGCUGCCUCUCAGGUUGAGUCAACAUUUUCCAGCAGGAAGAUGCGUUGACAGCAGGGUUGUAAAGUACUUUGAACCAGCAGAGGGCGCUGUCUCUCAGGUUGAGUCAACAUUUUCCAGCAGGAAGAUGCGUUGACAGCAGGGUUGUGACCUGCAGUGAUUGGCGGGGAAAAAAAACACACCCGAUAUUUAUACCGUAGAUGAUCAUCAGGCAUGGGGGACAAAACUACACAUUCACGCCCAGCCAUCUAUGACGUCCUGCAUACCCGCCAGGCUGCCAACCAGCAUACUGGAGAUGCUGCCAGUAAAUUGGACUCCCAUUAUCUGCAUACAUCAUACACACCAACACUUGGUAAGAUUACAGUGUGAAGCUGUGCAGAUAUGUAUUGUUUACCGUUGAACCCCCUCCACCUAUGAACGCUACUACACUAGUACAGUAAACCUCGGAUAUAUCGGACUCGGAUAUAUCGGAAAUUCGCUCACAACGGACAGAUAAAAAAGAACCGAUUUUUCUGUAAUGCAUUUCCAAUAAAAAUUCCUUGCAUAUAUCGGAUUUUUUAUAACGGAUUUGGCCUAUUUCGGACAAAAUCUCCAGUCCCGUUCAUUCAUUCAUUUUCUACCGCUUUUCCUCACGAGGGUCGCGGGGGGUGCUGGAGCCUAUCCCAGAGCCUGGCCUGCGUGCUAAUCACUCGUCCACUGUGCAGUCCACUUUGUGGAUCAUUUGUAUAGUAAAUUUGUUCAUUCAUUCAUUCAUUUUCUACGGUCGCGGAGGGUGCUGGAGCCUAUCCCAGCUGUCUUCUGGUCAUACGUAAGGCGGGGUACACCCUAGACUGGUCGCCAGCCAAUCACAGGGCAC